CAAGCGACACUGUUUAGUGGCUCGAUAGCUCGUGGCGUUUUGCACGUGGACUGAAAUAACGGGUCCACGAGCCUCCUGAAGAAAAGUGAAGCUAGCUAGCUGUGUGUGCCUCAGCUCGGUUUAAACUACAUCCUGAAAAAUGACAAGCCCAGUCAAGCAGAGGCAUCAUUUGAAUAAAGUGACUGGGUGGAGCGCCAGCAUGCAGAGUUUGGUGGUGCAGGCGCUUGCCAUGAGGCAGCUAGGACGGUUGAACCCCCGCCACCUGCUGGCUGCAGGAUAUGGACUGAGGCAGACCGAGUGGUGUCCCAGGACCAUCCACACACGCCAGCUGUGGGGCUGCUCUGCUUUCCCCGCGCUUGGCUGUCACAGGCCAGCUCUUCGUGGCAGAGAUGCUGUCAGGGGUUGGUCCGUCCAACAUCUGAGGUUUAAAGGCAACAAGAAGAAAGGUGCUGCUAGGAAAGCACAGGAGGACGAGGAGGAGGAGGAUGAGGAUAUGAAAGACCCUGAGGACAGUGAUUAUGAAGAUGAGGUGCAUGAGGACCCAAAUCUACCAAAGGACUAUAAAGACAUGGAGAAACAUGUGCAGUCCUUUCGCUAUGAUGUCAUCAUGAAAGCUGGCCUGGACAUGGCACGGAAUAAAAUUGAGGAUGCCUUCUAUAGCAACAAGCUCAGGCUAAAUGGACUGAGACUCAUCAAGAAAAGUAAAACGGUGAAGGUCGGGGACACCUUGGACCUGGUAGUGUCGGAGAACCAUGAAACAAACACUGUUACUCUGAUGAGAGUCAUCCUCCGAAAGGUUUUGGGUGAAUCCAGUAACGCAGAAAAACACAAAGUUGCCGUAAGGCGUUGGAAAUGUAUAGAGCUCCCCAAAGAUGAGGCCUUUAAGUCAUGAACAUUGUAUAGCACAGUGCUGACUGUCAUACCAUUAGCCAGUGAAGGCAACAACACUUGCAAAAAUAAUGGCCAUCAAAUGAGUGGCAUUUGAGUGGUCGCCAACAAGUUGGAUCUAGAAUGGAUUACUAAGGUAUAAUGUAAAGGGUAACAGUUCUCAGUGGUUGUAGACAUUUAAGAGUUGGUUGGGAGGGAGAUUUUGAUUGUACAUCUUCCUCCAGUAUUCUGUGAGACUCCUCAAUAAAGGUGCACUUUGAC